AUGAUCCGGAUGCUCUCGGGCACCCGGCUCCCGCACUGCGCCCUUUUCCACCUUUCGGAAUUGGGCUGCCUCCCGCCCCAGCGCCUCCCUUCAGGCGGUGCCUGCUCCUUGGACCUCCAGGAAGAACACUCUUCCCUGACGAGCACUGGUUUGCGGCUGGGCCCUAAGCUGCAACCUGUUGAGAGCUCUCGGACUUCUGAAUGGGACUCCGAAUGCCUUACGUCCCUACAGCCCCUUCCCCUCCCCACACCCCCAGGAGCAAACGAGGCACACCUGCAGACUGCAGCCAUCUCCCUGUGGACAGUGGUGGCAGCUGUGCAGGCUAUAGAGAGAAAGGUGGAGGUGCACAGCCGGCGUCUCCUACAUCUAGAAGGACGGACAGGGACAACAGAGAAGAAGCUGGCCAGCUGUGAAAAGACAGUGGCUGAUCUCGGGAACCAGCUGGAUGGCAAGUGGGCCGUGCUGGGGACCCUGCUGCAGGAGUACGGGCUGCUGCAGAGGCGGCUGGAGAACUUGGAGAACCUGCUGAGGAACAGGAACUUCUGGAUCCUGCGGCUGCCCCCGGGUAUUAAAGGAGAUAUCCCAAAGGUGCCUGUGACCUUUGAUGAUAUCUCCAUCUACUUUUCCACUCCAGAGUGGGAAAAGUUAGAAGAAUGGCAAAAGGAACUUUACAAGAAUAUCAUGAAGGGCAACUACGAGUCUCUCAUCUCUAUGGAUUAUGCCAUGAAUCAGCCUGAUGUCUUAUCUCAGAUUCAGCCAGAAGGAGAACAUAAUACGGAGGAUCAUGCGGGGCCAGAGGAAAGUGAGAUUCCCACCGACCCCAGUGAAGAGCCUGUCAUUUCAACAUCAGAUAUUCUGUCUUGGAUUAAACAAGAGGAAGAGCCCCAGGUUGGGCCCCCACAGGAGUCCAAGCAGAGUGACAUAUACAAGGGUACCUAUGCUGAUGAACAGCUUGUCAUCAAAGCCGAAGGCCUUUCCAGAGCCUCCUUGUGCCCCGAGGUUCCAGUCACCUUCUCUUCUCCACCACCAGCAGCAGCAAAGGAUACUUUUUCAGAUGUGGCUUUCAAAGGCCAGCAACCUGCAUCCAUGACACCUUUUGUACAUCCAGCCACUGACCUGGCAGAAGCCUCUGAGGGACAAGUGACGUUCACUCAGUUGGGUAGCUAUCCCCUGCCGCCCCCUGCUGGAGAGCAGAUGUUCUCAUGCCACCACUGUGGCAAGAGCCUCAGCCAAGACAUGUUGCUGACCCACCAGUGUAGCCACACUGGUGAGCACCCCUUAUCCUGUGCCCAGUGUCCCAAGCACUUUUCUCAGCAAGCCGAGCUUGGCAGCAACCCCCAGGCCCAUGCCAAUGAGACGCCCCCCACCUGCCCGCACUGCGCCAGGACUUUCACUCACCCGUCAAGACUCACCUAUCACCUCCGGGUCCAUAGCAGCACUGAGCGCCCUUUCCCCUGUCCUGAUUGCCCCAAGCGCUUUGCAGACCAGGCCCGCCUCACCAACCACCGGCGAGCUCACGCCAGCGAGAGGCCCUUCCGCUGCACGCAGUGUGGCCGGAGCUUCAGCCUGAAAAUCAGCCUCCUGCUCCACCAGCGCGGGCAUGCGCAGGAGCGGCCUUUCUCCUGCCCGCAGUGUGGCAUUGACUUCAAUGGCCACUCGGCCCUGAUCCGCCACCAGAUGAUCCACACAGGCGAGCGUCCUUACCCGUGCACUGACUGCAGUAAGAGCUUUAUGCGCAAGGAGCACCUGCUGAACCACCGGCGGCUGCACACGGGCGAGCGGCCCUUCAGCUGCACGCAAUGCGGCAAGAGCUUCAUCCGCAAGCACCACCUCAUGAAGCACCAGCGCAUCCACACGGGCGAGCGGCCCUACCCCUGUGCCUACUGCGGCAGGAGCUUCCGCUACAAACAGACGCUUAAGGACCACUUACGUUCAGGCCACAACGGAGGCUGUGGGGGUGAGAGUGACCCAUCUGGACAGCCACCUGACCCCCCAGGUCCUCUCUUAACGGGGCUCGAAACCUCUGGCCUAGGCGUUAACACUGAAGGUCUAGAGGCCAAUCAGUGGUAUGGGGAGGGUAGUGGAGGGGGAGUUUUGUGAACCUCCCUCCCGGUUAUCCAUGCUCACCCAGGACAAGAGAAAGGGGCAUGAGCCCCUCCACUCCUGAAGUAAUCACUAUUGAUUGGUAUGUUGAUGCAUUUGGGGUCCUGUACACUUGACUAGAGACAUGCUUGAGUUUGGGAACUUCACAGCAUACAAGUAUACCACUUUUUUUUAACAUUUUUUUUAUUUCAGAGAGGAAGGGAGAGAGAUAGAAACUACAGUGAUGCAAGAGAAUCAUUGAUUGGCUGCCUCCUGCAUGGCUCUCACUGGGGAUGGAGCCCGCAACCCAGGCAUGUGCCCUGACCAGGAAUUGAACCGUGAGCUCCUGGUUCAUAGGUCGACACUCAACCAUUGAAUCACCCUGGCUUGGCCAAGAAUAACACAUUUUGAAACACAGAAAGAGCCCAGCAUCCCCAUCUUUUCAAAAAAUGAGACCUAAGCAGAAAUUGCAGAGAGAGGAAAACAUGAUUUGGCCUUUGGUAAUUCAUGACAGGGUAAUAGAUUGAGGAUGAUUGCAGCUCUGGGUAGAGACAGUUACAUGGGAAGAACCUCCAAAGCCUGAAGCCCAUCUGAGGCAGAGCCUUUCAUUAGUCCCCUGAUGAUAAGACAGUUGUUGGAAGAAAGUACUCCAGCCUCAGUCCAUAGUCCUGCUCCUUCCAAUGCUAGCUAAAGUCCACUCAUGUGCUAAUGGACUGUCUUCCCAAAUGAUAGCUCAAUACGGCCUUCCUAGACUAAUUCUUUUUAAGUACAUUUUGUUAAAUAUUGGGUGAGCAAGAAAUCUGACUUUAAAAGCUUCUUGAGAACAGUGCUUAACUUUCACCAGCUUGAUUUGCAGCAUUAAGCCUCUCACUGGCAUUUAAACUGCCAGAAACCUCUGCCGAGUUCCUGGUCUAAAAAGUUUGGAACAGUGUACUCAGCCCCAGCUGUAAAAGCUAGAAAUCCCAGAGAAAUGAUGACAGCCUAACCUUUAUGCCUGAACCAUGUUUCUUAGAGGUACUUCCAGUUCUUGUUAUUUAUAAGCCAAUAAGAUGGCUUUUCUAUUUCUAGUGUCUGAUAUUCUUGACAGUCCUCAGCAAAAAAAAUCACAGCACUUUCCAAAAGCAUUAUGGAGUUUCAGAAAAGCUAGGUACACUGGCACACCCAGCUUUUGUCUCAGUAGUGAGGUGUUGGUGUGAUAAUGCAACUUUCUUGAGCUGUUAGAAAAUAUUCACCCAUCUGGCCAUUCCCGAGUUGGCAGUGGACAGAUUGAGGGAUUUCAUAGAUCACUGAGAGCUAAGCACCAGAUGCAGACAGGGAUAGCCUCUUCCUGCUGGUUUUGCUUUUAGGGACCUUGGCUACCAUGUGUCCUUUUGUCAGGGUCAUUCAUUCCCCUGGGAGCAUCUGAGCCUUGUGCUGCUCCUAAGUGGCUUUGCAAUUGGGCGCAAGUCCCUUCUUUUCCUUUACAGAUCUCAUAUUUUCAUCUGCAAAGUGAGGCUUGUGAAAGAGAAAAAGUGAGCUUCUAAGAAAAAUUUUUUUUUAGAUCUUGUGAUACAUUGCUUCUUCUGCCAAAAUCCUCUCUCUGUCUCUGGCUUCUAUCCAGGCAAAGCCAAAUAAGAAGCAAAAUCAAAGCAGAGACAUUCCUGCUGAAACUUGACUGAAAUCAAUUUGAUUUGUUAUUUUACUCCUGCUUGGAGCCUGAGGUGGAAGGCAGAGAAUACAGAAACCCUAAGUCUUAGGCAGAAAAGCUGUUUAUAUCCACACUCUUUUGUUUCCCCUGAUCUUCCUGAGAUGCCUGGAAACAAGGUCUGCGAGUACUUAGGACACUUUGUUUAUGAAAUAGUAAGGGAAGGACUCAUUUUUUCCUUAUCACCUAGCACAGCCUUUACCCUGCCUGGUUGUGCAUAACCACACCAGGAAAAAGCGUCUUUACCCCAGCCAGCUUUGCCUCUAGGAAGGCUCUGUCUGAACAUGCUGCUCUUCAGAUAAUCACAGUGAUAUCAUCUACUCUGUGAUAGUCACAGUACCAGGAAUCAUGUGAAGUGAUGAAGAAACCCAGGGGUAUAGAACAAACCAGGACAUGAGGAACAGAAUGCUGGCAUAGUGGGAGCUUUCUAACUAGGAUCUAGACUCGUACUCUGAGAAAAUUGGGGGGUUCUGGGAAUUCUAGUUUCACAGGUAACCCACUAGGAACAUGAGUGGGAGGUCCAGCUCUGGUUUCCACCCUGAUCUUAAAGAAAAGGGAGAAGAAUUAAAAGUAUUACCUUUAGGUGGUAUGUUCCCUUUUCUGAACAGAUUUAAGCAUUUAACCACAGGAUGCUGGAGAAGGAAUUCUAGGUAUGAUGUUGGACUAGGUAAUAUGGAAAGUUCUUUUUUACUCAGUGAUUUACUGAGGACAUGGAGCUUACUAACAAAAGAGACCUGUGGGUUAAAAUGCUGCAGAAAGAUGGAGGUAGGGGGUUUUCCUAAUCUUUGGCCCUGGUACACACUAGACGUUCGACUAUGGUGCAUUCUGGUCUCCUCUCCCUCCACCAGGCCAUCUCCAAAUUGGAGAGUUUGCAUAAAAUUCAAGAAUGGGUAAGUAAAAUGGAUCAGUGGAAAAGAUUUCAGUGUAUGGAGAAGCUUGGUCCAGCCAGGGCUCCUGAGUGAAACCAGGCAUUUAACUGAGCAGUUAAAGAAGUACCCGUGGAUUGGGUGUCAUGAGCAGAUUUGAUAGGAAAGAGGAAAAGCCAGAAACAUGCUCAUUAGGCUGCCCUCUGGACUAAGAAAUCUGUACUAUCACAUAAAUGGGCACCAUCUCACUGGAGUGGAUCCAGGUGUUGACUGUAACCAGAUUCACUCUGCUUACUAGGUUUUUUCAUUGUCACCAUAAGAUGAACCUAUGUUUCAGCCACAGAUGUGGAAAUAAAUGGAAGUUUAUCUAGAAAGUGAAA